AAUUUUAUUUUUUUUUCUUUUAUGUGACUGAUUCCCACUCUCUUUUGAGUUAGCUAAGGCAAAAGAAAAAGAGACUUCUCUUUCUCUUCUUAUAUUUCUCUCUUUCCAUCACUUACAUCCUCCCUCCCUUUCAUCUCAACUUUCUCCUCCUCCUCCUUCUUCUCUCUAUGAGAGACCGAUACCGAGGGAGAGAAGAGCCAUGAAGAACACCAUCCGGUGCUGCAUCUCUUGCAUUCUUCCCUGCGGAGCACUCGAUGUGAUUCGCAUAGUACACUCCAAUGGCCGCGUGGAAGAAAUCAGCGGCACCAUCAAAGCCAGCGAGAUCAUGAAGGCUCACCCUAAACACGUGUUAAAGAAACCCUCGUCUCCUGCCGAUGAUGGCAUGGUCCCGAAAAUCGUCAUCGUCCCACCAGACGCAGAGCUCCAACGUGGGAAGAUUUAUUUCCUCAUGCCAGUCCCUUCAACACCCCAAAAAACCCGAUCAAAAUCUUCCUCGACAACCAAGAAGAAAAAAAGAGAGAGUCUUGACAACAGCAACAGCAGCAGCAACAACAACAGAAACAGCAACGGCGGCAACAGCAACAGCCACAGCCGACAGCACCGUCACAGCCGAAGCAUGAGCAACGCCAACAAGAACAACAGUAUUUCAAUGUCGAAUCUUUUGAUAUCGGAUCAGUACUUGAGUGAGAUACUUUCAGAGAAGUUGUCAACGCAAAGGGAUCGAAGAAGAGGCCGAGUUGGGGUGUGGAGACCACACUUAGAGAGCAUCUCCGAGACGCCGAACGAUGCUUGAUGAGUUGAAGUACGCUCUAUUAUGGAUUGUAAAAAAAUGGGGUUUACAAUUUUCUUCAUAUUUUCAUAUGAUUCAUUUUUAGAAAGAAAAAAAAAAGGUACAUCCAUCCAUUAGGGUUCAAGAGGAACAACUUCCUAUUCCUUUUCUCGUUUUCCUUUCUCUACAUUUCUCUUCUGCCCCUUUAAUUUUCUUUGAGCCUUGUAUAUAUAGGCAUAGAGGCAAAAUAAUGCAAGAGAACAAAAAAAAAAAUUGAGCUGUAAUUUGGAAAUUGUGGUGAUAAUUCUUAUAACACAGUUGUGGGAUCUUGGGUCUGGAUGCUUUGCCACAGUUACCAGAUUUUUAAGUGUAAUUCAAGUGACAAAUCUCUUGGAAGUUGUAAUUUUGUAAAUGCUGAGAGAGAAUUUGUGGGAUUUUGUUUUUGUUAGUGCCUUAGUGGGGGAGGGUGGAAGAGUUAUUACUUAUAAUAUCCCAAGGGAAAAAAUUUGAGAGGAUGUUUUACUUAGAGAUGAUAGAGAUCUUACUUGUACUAUUGAGCAACUUAGCAUAAUUUUGUAUGUGAAAUAUUGAAUAAGAUUUUGAUUCUAUA